ACCCCGACCGGCUGCCGGCCCCGCCCCGCCCCGCGCCCAGGGGUCCCGGGGCGGGCUCCGGGCUCCGGGCGGACGAUGCGGCGGCGCGGCCGGAGCGGCGGCGGGAAGCGGAGGCGGAGGUGACGCGCCGUGGCCGGCGGGCCGGGCCAUGCAGCGCUCCCGGGCGGCCGCGGACGAGGCGGCGCUGCUCCUGGCCAGGCUGGCCCUGCGGGAGCCGGAGCCGGAGCCAGAGGCGGGCGGCGACUCUGCGGGCCGGGGUCGGCGGGGCCCGCGGCCCGGGCCUGGGGACGAGGCGGCGCUGGUGCUGGGCCGCAGAGGCAAGGGCGGCGGCGGCGGCGGCGGCCCCGAGCCCGGGCCUGACGCUCCGACUCGCGGGGACCGAGGCCCGAGGCGCACGGCCGCCCCUGAGCUCAGCGCGCCGCCUGCGGGCAGCCCGCGGGCCAGCCUGGCGGGCUCGGACGGAGGCGGCGGCAGCGCCCGCUCCAGCGGCAUCAGCCUGGGCUACGACCAGCGCCACGGCAGCCCGCGCUCCGGCCGCUCGGACCCGCGCCCCGGCCCCGGGCCGCCAUCGGUGGGCAGCGCCCGCUCCAGCGUGUCCAGCCUGGGCUCCCGCGGCUCUGCCGGCGCCUACGCCGACCUGCUGCAGCUGCCCGCGCGCUCCCCCGAGCCCGGCGCGCCCGCCCCCUUCUCGCUGCCCGCGCUGCCUUUGCCCCCGGCCCGCGAGGGCGGCCCGAGCGCGGCGGAGCGGCGGCUGGAGGCGCUGACCCGCGAGCUGGAGCGGGCGCUGGAGGCGCGCUCGGCGCGGGACUACUUUGGCAUUUGCAUCAAGUGCGGGCUUGGCAUCUACGGAGCAAAGCAGGCAUGCCAGGCAAUGGGGAGCCUCUAUCACACCGACUGCUUCAUCUGUGACUCCUGUGGGAGACGGCUGCGUGGGAAGGCCUUCUACAAUGUCGGCGAGAAGGUGUAUUGCCAGGAGGACUUCUUGUACUCUGGGUUCCAGCAGACGGCCGACAAAUGCAGCGUGUGUGGACACCUCAUCAUGGAGAUGAUCCUGCAGGCGCUUGGCAAGUCCUACCACCCCGGAUGCUUCCGCUGCUCUGUGUGCAAUGAGUGCCUGGACGGGGUGCCCUUCACCGUGGAUGUGGAGAAUAACAUCUACUGCGUCCGGGACUACCACACGGUCUUUGCACCAAAAUGUGCCUCCUGUGCCCGCCCCAUCCUCCCUGCGCAGGGCUGUGAGACAACCAUCCGUGUGGUGUCCAUGGACAGAGACUACCAUGUGGAGUGUUAUCACUGUGAGGACUGCGGCCUGCAGCUGAGCGGGGAGGAGGGCCGGCGCUGCUACCCCCUGGAGGGCCACCUGCUGUGCCGCCGCUGCCACCUGCGGCGCCUCCGGCCUGCCCCCCUGGCCUCCCCGGCCGUGCAAGUCACCGAGCUCUGAGCCGGGGGUCGCCGACCUGGGGGCGUGUGCGUGUGUGCCUGUGUGUGUGUGUGCGUGCGUGCAUGUGCGCGAUGGGUGACCCGCCCCACUCCCACUGCCACCGAGCUGCUGUCUGCAGGGGCCGGCCCCGCGGAGAAGCUAUUUCUAUUUAUUCACCGUCUGUGCCUCCUCAAGCCUCUGCCUUCCUUCUGGGCCCUGCCUGCCUCCCCUCACCUGUCACCGGCUUCUUGUUCUGGGAUCCCCCUGCACUUGGCCACCUACAAGGAAGGACAGGUUCCCAAACCCUCAGGGGUACAGGGUGCCCUGGUUCUGCUCCCCAUCCCACCCCCAGUAGGGGAUCAAUGCCAGAGACUCCAAAAGCGCCCCCGUGUGGGCAGGUGUGGCCUAGCAGGCUGGGGUGGAUGGAGGCUGCACGCAAUUCUGAGUCUUACCUUGCCCACCGGUGGGUGCGAAGGGUGUGGGUGGUUUCAUGGAAGAGGAUGAGGAAUGACAUCCACUGGGGGGGGGCUGUCCUGUCCUUGUGUCACUGGGUUAUGGACACCAGGAUUCUGAUAGGUGUUUUCACCCACAAUCCCACCCUCCUCUCCUGGUCCUGAUUUCCGGUUUCCCACACCCCAUGUGCCCUUCAGCCUCCCAAGAGAGAGACCACAAGGGGGCGCCCUGCCGCCUGGCGGGGACCACACCUGCUGCAGGGAAGCACUGUGUCACCCCGCUCCACAACCAAAGGAUAUGGUUUGACUUAAAUUAAGUUUUUCCUUUUGAGAAUAUUUUCAAUUUCUCUCUAAAAAUAUAUAUAGUUUUCUUCUAAAAAUUUGGCCCGAGGUGGUUUUUUUCAUAGUGAAAUUGCAAGAAACUCAA